ACGUCAGUAGCUGCUUGAUGUUCGCCCUUUGAGAGGACAGACCUGUUAGCAGUUAGCUCUUAGCAGCAGGGUGAAGAAGUCCAGAAGAGACCAAACGUCUGAGUGAGAUGCCAGCUGCUGGUCCAUGGGUGUGAGCAGACUGGACAUUUUCUACAGAAGGCUGCUCCUCACCAAACUCUUCAUCGGGGGGUGGGGGAAGCCUGAAGACCUGAAAAGAAUAUUUGAAUUUCGUAAAAUCAUUGGAGACCGAGAGAAGUGCAAGGUUUUGGUGCCAGAGGAUUAUCCAGUCAUCAUCAACAAGACAGAGGAGCACAAUGACUGUCACAUCCAUGAGGGGUUCCUGAUCUCACCCCUGGAACACCUGGUUCCUGGAAUCCUGCCACCAGAGUCAGUAAAAGCCAGGUUCCAGUUUAUAGUUCCCAAGAGGUGGAAGAAAAACCGACCAGUAUGUAUUCAGCUAGCUGGGACCGGAGACCAUUUUUUCUGGCGGAGGAGGACCCUGAUGGCUCGACCAAUGGUUAAAGAAGCAGGGAUGGCCUCACUGCUUCUGGAGAAUCCUUAUUAUGGAUACCGAAAACCCAAAGACCAGCUGAGGUCCAGUCUAAAGAACGUGUCAGACCUGUUUGUGAUGGGGGGCGCUCUGAUCCUUGAGUCCACUGUGCUGCUGCGCUGGCUUCAGAGAGAAGGAUACUGGCCUCUGGGAAUGACAGGGAUCUCUAUGGGGGGAUAUAUGGCAUCUCUGGCGGUGACUAACUGGCCGAAGCCGAUCCCUCUGGUUCCCUGUCUGUCCUGGUCCACUGCCUCCAGCGUCUUUACUACGGGUGUGCUCAGUAGAGCAGUGAACUGGACAGAGCUGGAGAAGCAGUAUGCUGUAAACUCAGUAUAUGAAGAGGAGAUUAUUAAUCUGCUAGAAUAUUGCGGGGCUGACUCCUUUAAGAUGGGUCAGGACUUCUUGAAGGAUCCAGGAUCCUUAGAGGGCCUGCUAGGUCUGUCUGAGGACAGGGCGUCGGCGGGACACAAAGCUGGACGAGGCCAGCUGAUUGGUGGAGACCAUGUAGACCAGUUCUUCUCCUCAGUUGGCAGCAGUGGGACCACAGCAAACUCUACGCAGAGGAAAAGUAUUCAUGCCGACCCUCUGCAGGGGAAGAAGAGGGAUCCAGACAAAUGCUGCCGGCCAUCUCUGCACAGAGAGUCUAUCAGCUUCAUGAAGGGGGUGAUGGACGAGUGCACCCACAUGGCCAACUUCUCUGCCCCAGUGGACACCAGUCUCAUCAUCGUGGUUCAGGCCAAAGAGGACGCCUACAUCCCUCGUACUGGGGUCCUCAGUCUGCCGGAGAUCUGGCCCGGUUGUGAGGUCCGCUACCUAAACGGAGGUCACAUCAGUGCAUACCUGUUCAAACAGAAUGUCUUCAGACAGGCCAUAUACGACGCAUUCAACAGAUUCUGUGUGAAGUACCCCAACCUGCAUUAACACUGGACCUGGAUUAGAACUAGAAAGAGGACCAGAACCUGGACCUUGACCGAAAGCUGAAAGCAGACCAUCUACAGUCCAACUGUUACCAUGUUUUAUUGAAACAUGAAGGUUCUAACAGGUCAGGUCUUUAUUAGCCAUUUCCCACUAAAGUAGCCCUGGUGCUAGUGCUAGUUCAGAGUUGGUUUUACAAAGGGGCUGUGUGUGUGUGUGUGUGUGUGUGUGUGUGUGUGUGUGUGUGUGUGUGUGUGUGUGUGUGUGUGUGUGUGUGUGUGUGUGUGUGUGUGUGUGUGUGUGUGUGUGUGUGUGUGUGUGUGUGUGUGUGAGACACUGUAAUGUCAAACUCUUGUCUCAGUAACACGUCCUCUCACUGUUCAAGUCCUUCACUGACAGAAAGAUCCACAUUUAAAUACUGAAGACUAGAAACAUCAGGAACACCGAUCAGCCAAUCAGCCGUGACAUCGUGACCACCUGACUGACAUGGUGGAGUGUAGCCCCUCCUCUCACUUUAAAACCUCUCAAAACAGUCCUAAACUGAUGAGGUGUGCGUCAGCAGCAGAUCCCUAAGUCCUGAAGUGGUGAAGUGGAGCCUCAAUGGAUCAGACUUGGUGGUCCAGCUCAUCCCACAGAUGCUGGAUUUGACUGAGGUCUGGAGUCAACACCUUGAACUCAUGGUGUUCCUCCAGACCUUUUUCUUCCAUCGCUCUGUGGUCCAGGCCUGAUGCUCUGGUGUUCAUUGUUGGAGCUUUGAGUUGUGGACAGGGGUCAGCAUAGACAUCCUGACCGGUCUGCAGCUCCACACCUCCAUGCAUAGCUACCUGUAAUCCCUGUGUGUUCAGAUCCACACACUGACAGAUCCAAACUCUGGUGUGACGGUGAAAAGAGAGUCAGUGGAAUUAAUUUCACCUGUCAGUUGGCACGUUAUGGAUGUUAUGGAUGAUGGCUAUGUGUACAAUAAUAAUAAUAAUAAUAAUAAUAAUAAUAAUAAUAAUAAUUUCUAACUCAUAAUUGAUCCAUGAUCUUUCACAUUUCAACCCUGUUUGUGAGGGUUUUGAUAUUUCUGUUGAAUCCGUCUGAAACUGUUCACACAGGAACAUCAGUUUAUUCUGCAGUAUUACAACAUGCUUACAUGACAUGCUAACAAGACAUGCUAACAUGACAUGCUAACAUGACGUGCUAAUACUACAGCUCACAUGAACAGUGAUUCAGGUUGCACACCUUUGAUGCACAUUGCCUUCCCUUCCUGUGCAGACUCUCUGCCUGUCAGAGCUCGUUGUGUGUUUCAAACUCGGUUCAUAUUAACAUUUAAAACUUAGAUUAUGAAAUCAGAACUCUUUGACUCUGACAGCCAAUGAGAGAGCAGGAGCUGCUGAACAUGUUUCCCAACAACAGUUAAAGGGAUAUUUAGUUUCUUCUCAAGUGUGGUGGUUUGAAAUUCUUGAAGCGUGUUACUCACAGGGGAUCCCAGUUUGUUGAGAAACCAGCAUGAAGCUAGACUAUGACCCUCUGCAGACCACUCCAUCACCUCAUUUAUAUCUUUUUAACACACUCAACACUAAAACUGAUAUUGGUGUGAGUGUGAGCUCUAUUUGGAAACUUUCCAGAGUUUAUCAGAGAGACACUUUGUUUUUGCAGUAUUUUCACUCUAGUGUUGCUUGCUUGCAGUGCACUGAUCAGAUGUUCAGGUCUGUGUACUUCAGAGAGACAAAAAUACAACUAAACUAGAACCUGAAUGAUACUGACAGAGAUGAUGACGUGCUGUUCACUGAGGACACACAAGAGGACUCCUUUAUGAAGUUUACAGAGGAAGGAGAGACUCAACAGACUGAAGGAGAGAGGGAGAAACUUCUCUACCUGGAGAGCAGCAGAGAUCCAGAGUUACCUGGUGGAGCAGGUGUGUAAACUGAGUCCAUGAACCCAGAGACCUCCUGCUGUCAGGACUUGAUAACAACAGGACUUCAGGACCUUUCUGAAUCAGAGGAGACCAGCGUCUCUCAUCUGGCUGCAGUCUGCAUCCCUCCCCAUCCAGAGUUCAGCCUCACUGAACGCUACUGUUUCUU